UAAGAGCAGCUCUAGUUAUUUCAAAUUUGCGGCAGCGGCUGGGCGUGCGUGUUGUGUUUACUGUUCAGUUAUUUUCGUGUUUUUAUGAUAGAAAGUGCUUUAAUAAGAAAAAAUGAGUAGAAAUCCUAGGCUGGAGGAGUUUCAGAUGGAUACAAAGCCUGUUCAUAGGUCUGGAAGAUCAAAAUGCAGCAAUUUUUUGUAUGAUGAAGAUACGGGAGCGAUUUUAGGACGAACACCUGAAAGUUGGGCUAAAAUCUUGAUAUUCUACACGAUCUUCUACGCUGCGCUCAUAGCGCUGUUCUCGGUCUGCAUGGUGACGUUUCUGCAGCACUUCAUCAACCCCCGCGUGCCUCGCCUGCAGCAGGAGUACAGCGUCAUAGGCACCAGCCCAGGGUUGGGCUUCCGGCCGCUGCCGCCAGAUGUCAGAAGCACGCUGAUAUGGUACAAGGGAACUGGAUAUGAUAGCUACAAGUAUUGGGAAGAUCAGCUCAUUGAUUUCUUGUCGGUAUACAAGAAGAAGGGUCAGACCGCGGGCGCCGGUCAGAACAUCUUCAACUGCGACUUCAAGAACCUGCCGCCUCACGGCAAGGUCUGCGACGUGGACAUCCGCGGCUGGGACCCCUGCAUCGACGAGAACCACUUCUCGUUCCACAAGUCCUCGCCCUGCAUAUUCCUCAAGCUUAACAAGAUCUACGGCUGGCGUCCGGAGUUCUACAAUGACACGCAGAACCUGCCCCCGGAGAUGCCCGUGGAGCUGCAGACACACAUCCGGAACAUCACCAGCUACAACCGGGACUAUGCGAACAUGGUGUGGGUGUCGUGUCACGGCGAGACGCCGGCAGAUCGCGAGAACAUCGGUCCCAUCUCGUACCUGCCGUUCCCGGGCUUCCCCGGGUACUUCUACCCCUACGAGAACGCCGAGGGCUACCUCAGCCCGCUCGUCGCCAUACACCUGCAGAGGCCUCGCACUGGAAUCCUGAUCAACAUCGAGUGUCGCGCGUGGGCGAGGAACAUCAAGUACGACCGCAGGGAACGGCUCGGUGUCGUGCACUUCGAGCUCAUGAUUGAGUAACUACUUACUAUCCGUCCAAAUAUAUCUGCUGGUAACUGUGUAAGUGAUACCCUGAAUCUGCAAUCUGCAUAUAGUUGACAGGAAAAACGUUUCGAAGGUGCAGCUUAAGUUGAUGGUGAUAGGUAAAUAUUGCGCCGAGGACAACCCUCUAGCUGAAACCUCAGUGUUGCGAGUACAAAAAUACGACUUGGGUGUUACCAGGUCGCUAUUUUAUGCCAUAAGACUGAAAAUUCAGUUGAGACAUCAAAAAAACUGUUUUGUGAAUAGUGAUAUAUGGCUGGCCCUUGUAUCAAAAUAUCGUGUAUCAAGAAGUGUGUAUGGAAAAUAAGACAUAAAAGUAAAAUAUAAAAAUUAACACAGUUUUUUCUCGAUUUAAAAAAAUAACGUGCCUUACUAUACUAAAAAUCUCUGUGCAUCAGUCGAAUUCAGGGUAUCACUGUAUAUUGUACAAGAAAGUAGAUAAAAUAGUAUAAAACAAGUUUUCGUAGGAUAGUUAAUUUUAGGUAUGCGUGUGAAUUGUCUUUGAGAGGUCUGUUCGACCAGAGGUCCUACCACUACGUCUUAAACAAAUUUUGAGGGUGAGAGAGAGAUGCCGCUCUACGACGUGUAUUGUGCUGUCACGAUUCCUCAACCGUGAUGAUACAACUUUAAAUCGCAGUACUAGACCCUCAGAUUAGUGAGCAAGGCAACUGAAACCAGUGGAUACUUACAUAAUUAUAUAUUACAAUAUGUAAGCAAGUAAUGUGCUAUUGCACGCUAAUACGUAUUUAUAAUAUUAUACUUUAUUUUUUAUAUACAUGCCAUUAUGAAAUAUACAAGGACUUUAUAUUCUCUCUAACAUUCAAGGAAGUACUGUAUGCAGUUGUCGCUUGGUAUCUGAAAAUGUUAGGUAUUGGAGAGGCGUUCUAUAUUAAUGUAAUUCGCCAAUGAAAUAGAGAGAUGUAGGAUUUUCUAUCAUUAUUUAAAUAUGCAAGGAUUUAUAUUAUAAAAAUGUCCUCCAAACCAGCUAAUAUUAUCCCAGUGAUAUUUUUAUACAACUCUAUAGCUAUCUAGAGAAUAUUAAUAGCACAGAUAAAAUGUUUGGUUUCUAUAUACUAUUGCUUUUAAAUCAUAAGAAAACAAAGACUUA